GUCGUUCUGCUACUACACGUGAGAGAGGUAGAGAAGCACAAAGAUAUGCAGAAGUAUCUACACCGGCAUCUCGGUUGGCUGCCACAGAAGUUGAGAUAGAGAGAAGCAGAGCCCAACAAAAGUAGCCAAAGUUAAAAACUAAAUGGUUGAAGACACAAAAGGAGAAAAUAUUGAAAGCAUUUGGAAAUUUUGUUAUACAUAAUAGGCUUUCCUUCAGUAUUGUUGAGUCAUCGUGGACAGCCACUUUUAAGAAUAGCAGCAGAAAUCAGGCCUAAUGUAUCUCCACCUAGUGCUUAGGAAAUUGCAGAAGUUUAUCUGAAAAAUGAGUACAAUGAGAUGAAAAAAUAUAUAGCCUCAUUUGAUGGAAUAUGGAAGGAGAGGGGAGUUACUAUAAUGUGUGAUGGUUGGAGUGGGCCAACACGUAUGAGUAUAGUAAAUUUCCUUGUCUACUCAAACAGAGGCACAAUGUUCUACAAGUCUAUUAAUGCAUCCGAUGUGGAACAUAAAGAUGGAGAAUACUAUUUUAAAAUUAUGAAAGAAGUAGUGGAAGAAAUUGGCCCUCAAAAAGUUGUACAAGUGGUAACGGACAACGAAGCUGCCAUUAAAUUAGGAGGGAAGAAACUGAUGGAGAAAUUCCCUAAUCUAUAUUUGACUGUUUGUAGUGCUCAUUGUAUUGAUUUGAUUUUGGAAGAUAUUGGAAAGAAGAAGAGUGUGAAAAAAAUAAUUGUCCAAGCCAAGGUAAUUACCCAAUUUAUUUAUAAUCAUAAUUGGGUAGUCAAUUAUAUGAAGAAAUUCACGGACAAUAGAGAUAUUAUUCGACCUGGCAUCACUAGAUUUGCCACAAAUUUCAUUGCUUUAGAAUCUAUUGUUCGUUAUAGGGUGGGGCUAGGGCAUAUGUUCGAAUCGGAGCAAUGGAUGAUGAGUAAAUAUGGACAAACAACAAGUGGUCCAGCGCAUGAAGCAAAGAAAAUUGUGCUUGGAUUAGGUAGUGAAGGAAGAAACUUUUGGGAGAGGGCACAACAAAUAAUGAAAGUUCAAGAACCUCUCUUGAAGGUUUUAAGAUUAGUUGAUGGUGAUGAUAAGCCAACAAUGGGAUUUAUAUACGAGGCAAUGGAGCGAGCAAAGUUUGCUAUUCAAAAAAAUUCCAGAAGCUAUUUGGAAUAUUGGAGAAUAAUCGAUCAUAGAUGGAAUUUUCAAUUGCAUCAUGACUUACAUGCCGCUGGAUAUUUUCUAAAUCCUCAAUAUCAAUAUGACCCACAUGAUAUUGGAAAUGAUAAUGAGAUCAUGUUGGGUCUCAAAAAUGUGAUUCAACAUCUAGAGGGGGAUUUAGUAAAUCAAGGAAAAGCAUUAAAUCAAGCCUUACUUUUUCGGGACAAAAUAGAGAGUUUUGAAACAGUUUUGGCGCAAAAAGCAAUUAAGUUCACUAAUCCAUGUACUAAGUUUAUAAAAUAA